UGAAAAGUCAUUUGAAUGUUUUCUCGUCUCAUUAAAACUUAUUCCAUAAAAAAUCGCUUGAAAUUAGUAGCAAAACCACACAUACAAAGGUUUAUUCAUAGAAGAUACUCACUCACGAUGGCUCCCACUUCGUUCAAGCUCAACACGGGCCAAGACAUCCCCGCCAUUGGGUUCGGAACAUGGCAAGCCGCCCCAGGUGAAGUCGCCGCAGCGGUAGCCUACGCUCUAAAAGUAGGCUACCGUCUCAUCGACGCAGCAUACUGCUACGCGAACGAGGAUGAAGUAGGGCAGGGUCUCAAAGCCGCCUUCGACGCCGGAUAUGUCAAGAGAUCGGACAUAUUCGUGAUGACGAAGCUAUGGAACACAUACAGCACGCGCGUGGAGCUCGGACUCGACAAGUCUCUUAAAGCGCUGGGUCUGGAUUACGUGGACUUGUACCUGGUACACUGGCCCGUAGGCAUGAACCCCAACGGCAACGACGACCGUUUCCCCAAGCUGGCGGAUGGGAGUCGUGAUAUCACGUGGGACCACGACCACGUCGCUACGUGGAAGCAGAUGGAAAAGUUGGUGGCUACGGGAAAGGUGAGGGGUGUGGGUGUUUGCAAUUAUAGUAAGACGUACCUGGAGCAGCUUCUUGCGAAGGCGGAUAUCGUCCCGACGAUUAAUCAGAUCGAGAAUCACCCCGCACUGCCGCAGCAGGAGGUUGUGGAUUUUUGUAAUGAGAAGGGCAUCAGGGUUGUGGCGUAUAGCCCGUUGGGGAGUACCGGGGGCCCGUUGAUGAAGAGUGAGCCUGUAACUAAGGUUGCGGAGAAGAAGGGGGUUAGUCCUGGGACGGUGCUAUUGAGUUAUCAUGUUGCGAGAGGCACCACCGUGCUCGCCAAGUCUGUUACCGAGUCGCGCAUUGAGGCCAACCUGAAGAUCAUCGAUCUCGACGCUGAGGAUAUGAAGAUCCUAAACGACUACUCGGAUAGCUUAGUCAAGGCGGGUAAGGUCGAGCGAUACGUAUACCCGCCCUUUGGUAUCAACUUCGGCUUCCCAGACAAGAAUGUGGGCAGAGCAUUACCGAACGGGGUAUGAAGUACGGAAUAUUAGUAUUGGGCGAAGCAGAGUUAAUUGCACAGACGUAUUUACACAUGCAGAUACGGACCAAGCGAGCGCAACGAAUGCUAGGCUGGCUAGCUAGCAUAUUGAUAGAGACCUAUAUCAUGUUUCGUGGGAAACUAUAACUAGAUGAAUAGAUCAGGCGCCUUCAUAUCGCGGCCCUCCCGAGGCAUAUUUGAAGAACAUUUCUCGUUGAUAUCACACUAGAGAUAUUCUAAAGGUUCAUAGUUCCUAUAUGAGCCUCGAUCAUAGUCCCCCAAGAAUUCUAGACUGUCAUAGCCUUGAUUAGCGUCGGAACAAUUUCAAUGAGGCGAUCCAAUCCCGGUUCAUUCCCUAUACGGAUUGGGGGCGA